GAGAGAGAGAGAGAGGGAGAGAGGGAUGGGGAGCGCGGCGGAGGCGGCGAGGCCGGUGGCGGCGAUGGUGGCGCUGCAGUUCCUCUUCUCGGUGCUGCAGAUCGUCAUCAAGCUGGCGCUCAACGACGGCAUGGACGCGCGCGUCCUCGUCGCCUACCGCUUCAUGUUCGCCGCCACCUUCCUCUGCCCCAUCGCCUUCGUCGUCGAGAGGAAGAAACGACCGCCACUAACCAUGAAGGUGGUGCUGCAACUAUUCUUGUGUGGAUUGUUUGGAUUUUCUAUAAACCAGAAUCUCUAUGUGUUUGCCAUAAAGUUGACUUCUGCGACAUUUGUUACUGCUAUCAGCAACCUAACACCAGCAACCACCUUUCUUCUUGCUAUAUUGACCAGGCUGGAGACCUUAAAACUAAAGAAGCCUGCUGGACAGGCAAAACUUCUGGGAACACUUAUAGGCAUGGGUGGUGCAAUGUUGCUUACAUUCUACAAGGGACCUGCGAUCAUGCUAGGACUCCCCCGUCUCAAACUUGCCCACAUCACUGAAAAUCACCAGUCACACCCAAUAUCGACAGGAAAUCAAAUUAUUGGAUCAUUUCUUGGGAUCAUCAGCUGUUUCACCUAUGCAACAUGGCUAGUCAUCCAGGCGAAAGUGAGCAAGGUUUACCCAUGCCACUACUCAAUUGCUGCGAUGGUGUGCCUCUUCGGCGCACUUCAGUCCACUGUCAUGGCAGUUUGUGUCCACAGAGACCUGGAACAUUGGAGGUUAGGACUUAACAUCAGGCUCUACUCGUCAGCUUACGCGGGACUCGUAGCGUCAGGAUCGGCAUUCCCUCUGCUGUCGUGGUGCCUGCGAAAGAAAGGGCCCCUCUUCAUCUCCGUGUUCAGCCCGCUGAUGCUCAUCUUCGUCGCGCUGCUAAGCUCGGUUGUUCUCGAGGAGGCUUUGCACCUCGGAAGUGUGCUUGGUUCUGUCCUGAUUGUGGGUGGUCUGUACCUGGUGCUGUGGGGCAAAGCAAAAGAGGCAGCUGGUCUGUCUCAAGAUGAAAAUCUGGGCAAGGAAUCCAUUCCUGUGACUGCUACCGGUGAGAGUGAAAUACAGUGAGGAAAGUAGUAUGGAUUCGGUC